AUGUCGAGAGUCAAAAGAAUCGCCAAAGAGCUCGAAGAGUGUCGCCAGGAUACUCAAAGUGGAGUCAAUCUUGAGCUUGUCAAUGAAAGUGACUUGACCCACCUCACAGGUUACUUCCAAGGGCCACCCGGAACUCCUUAUGAAAAGGGUGUCUUCAAGGUCGACAUCGUGAUUCCAAACGAAUACCCAUUCAAACCCCCGGUGAUGAAAUUUAUCACAAAGAUUUACCACCCUAACAUAUCUUCUGUCACAGGCGCCAUUUGCUUAGACACUUUGAAGGACGCCUGGACUCCCAUCUUGACCUUGAAGUCAUCGUUGAUCUCUUUGCAAUCAUUGCUCCAAUCACCAGAGCCAAACGAUCCGCAGGAUGCCGAGGUUGCCAAACACUACAUCACCAACAAGAAGGGAUUUGAGGAGACAGCAGCUUACUGGACUAAGCUUUACGCCUCGGACGAGAAGAGUGUUGGCAAGACCGAAAUCAGCGAUGCAGCUUUGUAUGGCAUUGACGAAGAUAUUGUGAGUCAGUUUGAAAAUAUGGGAUUUGAAAGAUCUACUUCUAUUGCCGUGUUGAGAAGAAUGGGCGUAAAGAGCUUCGAUGGUGUGAACAACAGGUCUGAGAUGGAGAACAAGAUUUUGGAGGAAUUAUUGAAGGAAACAAACCAGUGA